ACGCGAGUUGCAGACAGGCUUUUGGAAAGAAAGUUAUAAAAGAAGUCUAGUUUGCAAUGACGGCAAUGUGAAAUACACGAAAACAGCUAGAUUUUCUGGUCUUUAAUUCAAUAUGGAGGACACUGGAUCGGAGAGUGAAUCGGAGAGUGAAGCUGAGGAUCAGGUCCUCCAAGCUAAAACUGUAUACCUGCUUAUGAAGAAGGAUUACAGAAUCUCCAGGAAUAUCCGAGCCUCAUGGUUUCUCGAGCAUCUGAACAGUGUGAUGCAGUUCAACCCUGUACAGUGCAUUAGUGAUACAGAUGAAGAACUCAAGCUUGUGUCAGUGGUACCAGCCAAAGAUGAGGAGAUGGGCGACGAUCAGCUGCCUCUGGUGCAACCUGGGAAGCCAUUCAUGUUCCAGCUUCUCCCAUCAACUGUGGUCACCUUCCUUGCAAGGCGAUACAGGCUUGUGUUUGUCCUUGACCUCAGCCCCUCAGCAGCAUCUGUAGAUCUUAAGACUGGAGAAGUACUGUUGGACAAAAUCAGUCACAACCUUAGAUGCAGUAUUACUGGACUUGUGAAGCCGUUUAUGCUUCCUGGCACUCACCUGAAGUUUGUACCUGAGCUUUACGUCACAGUCAUAGCCUACACACCUGUCCUUGCCUGUACUGCCAACCAGGUUCUUGCCCAGGGAAUGAAGGUGACAGAAGAUAAUGCAGAGAGCUUUCUUAGUCUAGUGCUGGACAGACUCGACUCCUUUGAACAAAGUCUGGCCACAGGAUUCAACAAACUGAAGAACAACCUCAGUGUGGUGGACGAGGAUUUGGCUGAGAGUAUGGGCUAUGAGGAAAUUAACGCACACCGACGUAAGCUCAAUGAUUCGCUGUACAACCUCAUCCGUCAGGGACUGUUUGCUCUUCAGCUUCUACCAGAGAACUCCAGUGCAGGAAUCAUUAUAGUGACCGAUGCCAUGAUGGGAUCGCCUGAUGCCAACAUGUUUGACCAUAUCAUGACUCAACUAAGAAACAGCACUGUGGCGUGUUCCUUCCUCAAAAUGGGAGAGACGUACUGUGCCCGGUGUCAGUUCGGCUGUAUACCACACGUGGAGCUGCUGCAGUUCAUGGCCACCGCUACCUUUGGGGCCUACUUCGCUAUGUGUCCUGAUGUUUCCAAAGACAGCUGUGGGCAGAUGAACAUAUAUCAUAAAGCCCUACUGCUGUGGAGUUUCCAGAAGGGACUUGAGGGUUUUAAGUACGAACUAACUCAUCACCGCCACAUGGAACCCAUGCAUCCUGUCGCUCUGUACAUGUCCAGCAGGAUUUUGUCACAUCCUAUAAAAGACAAGAAUUCUGUUGUACUACCUACUGUGAGGCAGAAACACAUGGAUGCCAAACUGAGCGCCAACAUUCUGAGUGUUCUGUCUGUGAGGCUAAGGGAGGGAUAUACUAUCAAGGACGUCUACCUCACCAAAGGUGGGAGUCAGAUUGAGGUACGGUUGAUCCUACCCUAUAAAGAUUACGUCAAGAUUGAGUAUACUGCCACAGCACUCUGGCCGAUGGAAACUGCAAAGAGACAGACUGGAGAAGGUAACUACAGUGCCCAGGAUUCACAGACAUAUGUGGAGAUACACAUAGAGGGACGUUACGACUUCCUUCACGACUUCACCUGCUCACAACUCAAGGGCAACCAAAGUCAAACUCGAGUGUUCAACAUCAAGCGAUUUUGGAUGACUCUGGAAAGGUUGAGACAGGAUGACCAGUUACUGGACCACCUUCAGACCUUUGGGUCCAAUGCUGUCCACUACAAAGUCCCUGACAGUAUCAAGAAGGGAAUCCCCCUGUUCUACAUGCCACCAAACUCAAACAACCCUGUGCUAAACUCACAACAUAACAACAAGGAUUCUGCUCUGCUUUCAUUUGCAAUGUAUUGGAAACCAGUGGUGAAUCUGGAUAUAAAGAUUUGGCAAAAGUGGAUGCACAGCCACCGUAUAGGAAUGAUACUUGAACACGACGUGCCUUUACCUAAAUACCUACACACACCUAACUCUAGUGGACGGUUCCAUGUGGUACUGUGUCGCCAAGCGCUCACGUCCCUGCAUGCACUGCUGCGUGACUGGAGCACCUUUGUCUUACUGGAGAACGACUCCUACAUCAAACUGCUUCCAGGUGUUUCAGAAAAACCUCCAACCUCUUUCCUGUUACUGAGGGUCACUUCCAAGCCACCUUACAUGGUGCUGCGAUUGGCGUUUUUAGGGGGCUCCCCUGGCUGGGAGAGGUACUGUAUUAUACAGGAAUUACGAGACAAAGUUGCCGCCCUGAGGUUUCCCAAGAGAGGCCAAACAAAAGUAGAAAAAUCCAAGGUUUCUCCUACUAAGGACAGCGCAGUGAGGAAACUAAAGAAGAGGCCGUCACCACUUUUACGGGACUGGUCAGAAAUAAAAUGUUGUGUGCUGCUGAUCAAACCUAUAGAGCAGAUACUCAUCAGCUAUGACCGCCUACCUCAGGACAUGAGUAUUAUAGAGGACCCCUACAAGUUCCUCCCCAGCCACCUGUCUAACCAGCAGCUCGCCAGUAAGACAGCUGUGGCCAACACCUUCAACAUGAUGUCUCGCUACCUCCACCAUCAGCGCUGGGUCUGGACAGUCAAACAAGGCAAAGUGGAGAUCAGCAUGCCAGCCAUAGGUCGCAUCCUGUCCACACUAGCCAAAAUUCGUCUCCAAGAGGGAUUCAAUUUUGUAUCCAGUAACUCUGGUAUCGUCAACAUGGUGGCUGAAGUUGAAAUGCAGGACAAAGAUAGAGUGGACACAGAUGUUACUAAGUGUGCCAUACAAUACAUCAUGUUCCCACCCUACGUCAAAACCACGAGGGACAGUGUGUCGGAGGAGGACGUGGAUGAGCUGGAGACCACAGAGGCCGACGGGGAUGUACAGAUUGUCACAGAAUGCUGGGCGGAGCCUCAGUUUGGUGUUGGUGUCAAUAACCCGGCAGAGAGAAAACAUUGGGAUGGAAUGACCUACAAAGACAUGGCUAAAGCACUAUAUCCACCUGACCUUGAAUGCAUAUCCUGCCUGGUGACCUUUGAACAUCUGGUAUAUGUAUGUCAGAACACAUUUGCUGUCCCCAAUGAUGUUGACUGGCUCCAGGAUGGAAGCUUCUCCAGCAGCGUUGAUUUUGUGCCCCUGUAUGUGGAGGACACCCCUGGUAGACCCGGACCCCCACAGACUAUACAUCAGCUUCCUCUACCAUUUGACAUUCUGUCGCUGUUACCGCGAAGUCAGCAGGCAGAACUCCUCGUGUCUUCCUACAGAAUUGGAAAUCUGAGAGAAGAUGAGAUCCAGCGAGACAUCAAAGGUUCUAAUAACCUCUUCUUCAACCUCAUGUUUGAACGACUGAAAGAAACCACCCAAAGGGAGGUAACUCUAUCUGCCUGCGACAGCUUCAGGUUCUUCCACUUAUUGAAGGAAAGGCAAAGGGACCUUGCCUCUCAUCCUUUCCCUUUCACACUUGAUGAUGACAUUGAGAAUCUUCUUCAAGAUCAAAAGUCUUACCAAGGUGCCCUGAGGGAACUUGCAACUGAACAAACGAGACUUUACAACAUAAGAAAUAAAAGAAAAUAUCCUCAGUGGCGGUGUUUCGUCAGAGCUUCCAGUAAUACCAGGAUGUUUGUGACAUUCCUCCCUGCUUCCUUCGAUGACCUCUUGAAACUAAAUGACCUUGAGGAAAUUGUAAAAUCCAAAUCCAGCUCUGUGUGUGAGGACGGUAUCAAGGAUGGAAGUUUGGGCAGGGGCGCCAAGCUCAAGGUCGACAUCUCGACUCCUGUGACCUCACUUGUAGAGAAAUUUGUGUCUGACUCCGACACAAACACCAUCGUGGAGAGACCCGAGGGAUCAGACUCCAGGGUUUUACAUCAGGGGACAGACAAGAUGACUGAUGCGGAGGAGGACGAACAGACAGACCUAGAAGACUUGGAGAGAGAGGACACAGUGACGGACCUACCGGGGGAGGUAGAGGAGGAGAGUAACAAGGAAAAUAAAUAUGUGUCCUGUGUUGUGCCGAUGUACGUAUACGAGUGUUACCUCAACAAUGUCACCGACUCGCUGAUCAAUCCUUGGACGUUUGAACUUGCCCCAGACAUCUUUGAGGACUGUAUAUUCCAGACAAGAGGUGAAAGUUUGGAAACGCCUGGCGGUAGAGGACACUUCUUUCGUUUCCCAUCAUUUGAUCGUGACUCAACGCCUGGCAGUGAUGACAAGGAUGAUUAUGAGACCCUGCACCAGAUUCUGCGAUGCAGCCAGUCACAGGAGCGCAGGAUGACAGAGAGUUCAGUGGAUGGCACUGAAGACCUGAAAAAUCACUGCAAUUUCCUGUCUGACAUCUAUUCUAGCUGUUUUGUCAAUGGUGUGUUCCAGAGUCUACAGCAGGGUUACUUCAUGGCACCGGAGGAUAUAGACUCGGUCAUAUACAAUAUGUGUACAGAGUCGUUCCCUAUGGAGACGGACAUCACCACCUUUCUGCUCGCAUCAUGUCGGCACUUCAGACAGAUUGUGGAAACGGCCCAGGUGGAGCAGAACAACAAAGAGGUGGACAAGGGGACGGACACCACAAAUAAACGCACAUCGGUCAGGUUUAUGGAGAAUUUGGAUGAGACAGAUGGCAGUGACUCCGGUAUUAAGGCAGUACCGACCAUACUCCAGCUCCCUAACGCCUUGGUGAAACUGCAGACUCAACCCACUAGUCGGUGUGAGUACCAGGAUGAUCUGCACAGCCUUAUCCGACGCAAGUUCACUGACAUCACCCAGAAAUGGUUCCAGCUUGUGCCCAACUAUCCUAACUACUACUUCUACUGCCCAGAGUCAGUCCCCCAGGACAGCUCGAUGGAAAGCGAUGAGAAGGACAUGAGCGGUACAGAUAACGGUGGACCAACUAUCGACCUUGUACCAUCUAUUGAUGAUGACCUUGACCUAGCAAUGACAGAGAGGGAGGAUGAUUAUUUACUGAUAUACAAGAAGGGUGAAGAUGCUGAUCACAGUUCCAUGGCCACCACACUGGACUCAAACGAGUCGUUUGGCUCUGAGGAAGAUUUGUGCCCGGAGCUGGCAGAUGAUGAUUCCAACAACAAUGGCCCUCUCUUUGUGUACUUCACCUGUACAGUGAAGAGCCGAAUGCAGUACAAGGACGUGUCGGUCCAGACCCUUAUCCCAUGUCUGGAUGAAAUUCUGAUCGCUGAGGAGAUGGAGCAGUCCAUAAGGGACCCGAUGGAGUUGCACUUGGGUGACCUGAAGAUAACCUUUGACCUUCACUGUUUAACACUGCAGACUGAUUCAGAUUUGCAGAACAAGCCAGAGUUCCAGAGGAUGUUGUCAAACUCAAGUGAGGCUGAGUCUCCAACCUCAAGCUGCGAGACAGGGGCCUCAAACUCCGUACAAGUCAAUGUGGGACAGUUACAGGAUCCUAUAGCUCACCUCCCCAAACUACAGCAGCAUGCCGUCCACCGGUGUAAGGAGGAGAUCGAAUGGCUGCUGAAGGAUGAGAUAGUGUCUGCCCUUCGUCACCUACAGCCUGUCAAGACUGACGCCCUCCAUUUCGUCACAGAACAUGUCAGGUUGUCGGCAGAGAUGGGCAAACCAAACUGUGCUACAGAGAAAGUGAAGCUAAGCUUUGUUUAUGGAUCAGAACACAGUUUGCUCAAGUUCAAAGAGGAGUUUGAAAGGCUGAAUUACCUUGGUUACCGGCUGAUGAAAGAGGAGGAUUACUACUACGUAGUGAAGGGACGAACGAUAACAAAUCUUAGUCAUGCAAAGGCUUUGAACACAGCUUUGGUGGAGUUGAGUCGUGAAGGAACUCCCGCAAAACAAAACAUUCAACUGAAGACCGAUAUAUUCCACGCGACCGACCUGGAAUCGCCUGAGGUUAUGACAACCUAUGUAUCACCCCUGUUUAUAACUCCAGAAUACCCCAGGCAGGCAUCACUAGAAGUCGAAUCCCCAUUAGGUGGUUGUUCCUCUAACUUAAGUGGCAGUGAUGGAGUGACACCAAAAGAUACGGAGACCCACGAAGGGGGUACCAGAGACACUGACACACCAGAAGGGUUGGGUAGAGGAGGCAAGAAACGUCUGAGUCGGUCACGCUUCCCUGACAGAAUGGAGCUGCAUUUCAGCCGUGACCGUCAAAUAGACUUCCCGCGAACCCCUCUCACACCACCAGUGAAGUCGGACAAGAGAAGUAUGAGUCUGGGGGAGGAAAUAGGUGAGGGUGUACUUAAGAAGUCCUCCAGUUUCGCAGGCUUCCUCACGGAAGACACUGUUGAACCAUUCAAGCGUCAAGACUCCAUGACGGCCUUGUCCGUGUCUCCAGUAAAAGGUGUGUCUGGGACGCCCCAACUACCAUCUCUUGGACGGCUGCGGCAUUCAUCAGCUCCCUCAGGGCAGGGCACGCCCAUGAGUAAACACUCAACACUACCUCAGACGCCAUCUUGGAUUUCUUCGAGAGGGAGUUACACAGAUAUAGGUUACGAGGGUGAUUCAAGUGAAACAGAUGAUGAUACCGAAGCCUACAGUGACUUGAGUGGGAGACAACAGCCGGUACCCAAGUUCUGGUUACUGAUGCAGGUCGGGGAAGAUGGAGUCGACAUCUACUUCCAUGCCAGAGAAACUGGCAAGGAGGACAACGAAGAAAAGAUUGAACAGCGCACACUUCACAGCUACUUUCGGACCAGCAUUGAGGAGCUGUGUCGUCGUGUCAACCAGAAGAUGCUCCUCAACGACCUGUACGAGAGUAGGACAUGUGACCCACUCCUCGUACCGGAGGCUGAUGAAGAGGUCACAUGGAACCUGGACAAGCAGGUCCACACUGGCCAUCGACACCUUGACUCGUCCGAUGCCUCCGAAGCAGAUGAGGAGGAGGAGCAGCAGAAAGUAAAACCUUACCUUGCAGCCACCUACGACCUGCGACAUGAGGCCGGUUACUUCAACUGUGACUGUGUCCUCAUACACCGGUUUAUGAUCAACCCACGACUAAAAAUGGGGGCAGCCGGCUCCAAGGAAUCCAGAGGCAUGAAGGCACUGCGAAGUGUGCUGAACAAGUUCUCAGUACUCAACAGGAAAAACAUGUUUGUCGUCAAAAAUCAGCAUGGAUCUCAAGCUGUCUUCUACCUUAAGUUAAAAGAAGUUGGAGCAAUUCUCAGACAGACCUCAACACUCAGCUCUGAAGAUAUCUGUCUUACAGACUCUGCCUCUUCUGCCAUGUUUUCUAGCAGGAGGGAUGAGCAAGGCAUGUUGAUGGCAGAGAAGGAGUGUGACACGGUGUCUAUCUCAUCAGUUGGCAGUGCAUCUCAGAGGCUGCCCCAGGACUAUGUAGAAUUGCUGGUCCAUGGCAUUGAGGAGGCGGGUCCUGAUAUAAAGGUGGACUUGAUAUCCAUGCUGCAAAAUCGACUGGAUGAUGCCGUCCUGGAAACGAUCUCAUUGCAGCUCAGUCGUAACCCUGUCAGCAAGCUCUCACCCGGAGAUGUUCAUUUUAUCCAGAAGCCGGGCAUGGAGGCGAGUAAGACGUUCCACCUGACCGUACCCUCCAGUGUGGGAGUGCACCUGUCCGCCCUGAUGCAUUAUCUCAGACAGAACCUCCUCCAGUUUUGUCACAUACCUAAUUAUGCAGACAACAAGCUGGAAAAUCGCUUCCAGAGCCUAGUGGACAAUAGAUGGCAGGUGGUGGAGGAAGGAAACAUGUUUAUCUACAUCAGGCCUCAUGCCCUAGGUGGCAGAGGUAUUGCCUGUAUCAGCCUGUCGUUUGUGGACCACAAUGGUUCCCAGAUCCGAGUGCUGAACAGUCCGAAACCUUCCAGGCUUGGCUAUACCAAGAUCAACCACCCAGAAGACUUUGAUGGCUAUAUACACACAGAGCUGUACACUGCCUUGCCCAGCCACAAGCCAGGUCUGACCACGCUAGUCCAGUUCUGUGUGUGGGAGUGUGGAGGGAUGGACAUCGCGACACUGCAAGAAAAGCUGACCUGUGCGGUGAAGCACGCCCUGUGUGACAUUGUGAUGGAGUACUACAUCUUGACGGCCUCCGUUUGUCCCGUACCCUUACAGCUACAGGACCUCCUACCAAUGCCUGCCUACUCAGCUCCCUCGUCACCCAUCACACAUAAAGAUGAAAUAACAGUGAAUCAAUCGGAUGGAGGCAUUCAGAUACCUGAGAUAGUGCUAGAAAGGAGACACUCCAUUGCCAGCCGUAAACUGUCCGAGUCCCUGAAACAGAUGAGCAGUACUGGGGUGAAACAGUCACUUAAGGACGCUUUCUCCCCGAAAGCUCGACUCACGUCACCACCCCCAGACUCACAGAAGACCUUUGAGUUUGGCCCAACGUCUAUUACUGUGGGAACUCCACCAGUACAGACGGAGCGAGACAGUGAGAUGCAGUCGAUCAUCAGACAGUAUGAGGAGGGGGAGCGUGGAAACCUGUCCAAAGUGUUUACCUCCCUCCUUAGGCACUGGAUGGAAACCUGCCAUAAAAUAGGGGUGCCUGCGGUCAAUAAGCUAGAGGUCAGUCUCCAAUCAAAGUACUCUGUGGACAACUUUCUACGGGAGUUCCAAACAGCUUUGACCACUGUAUCUUCUGACAUUAAAUCCAUGGCAUUUCAACUAGUCAAGGACUCUACUGGUCAGUGGUAUGGAAGUCACCCGUACAGACCCCACAGACAACCUUUACAGGAAGACGGUCAGAUGGAGACAUCACUGGACUGUGACAGGCGGAAAUUGCCAGCCGGUGAGGAUGGUCAGAUUAUGGUGAUUGCUCGCAAUGUGGACCAGUGGAGGGCAAGCAUUCAGGACUUCAAUGAGGAAGAGUUUAACGUGAUGUCAUCCACUUCCUCUACAGCGAUUCCCAAACAGACAUUUCAGCGCUUUUCACCCCUAUUAAAAACAAACUUGGACCAGGUAGGGUUGAAUGAGCAGACCUUUAUCCCAAGACAACGGCUGCUGAUGCUGAGCAUACAAAACAAACAAAUUUCUCUUUAUUCCUACAACUGGGCGCGAGACCUGUCCACCAUGCUGAGUAACCGUGUGACACAGAUAGUACAGUGGCACAACACACGCCUCCGACUACUGGACAGCAUCAUCAGCCAGAAGAUGGGGCUGUACCAUCACUCCGUGUUCAGGGAGCUCAGGGGCAAAAAGGACUAUGGACCUUAUGCCUCCUCUAGCACAGAUAUAGAUCACCUGAUCAAGUUCACAGCUCCUAGUACAUCCUCCCAUGAGCCUGUUAGACGUCACAACAGUCUAUCGACAUCAAUCACCCACCCAGUCCGGUCAUUCGACGAAUCGUUCAAAGACAUCCAGCCUCAAAAACCAAUACACCAGACAAGCUUUGCCCACUACAGCGAUCCUGUCGCCAAACAUGGUCUGCAGGCUCAGGACCUACGCUCUCAUAACAGGAAAGAGAUGGAGAAGCUGUUGAAGCUCAACAAACUGUAUUGGAUGUGGUUUGAGAAAACCUCAGUCAACAUGAACAUGCCCAUAUCUGACGAGGUUAUCCAGCUGCUGAAGCAGUCUUGCCGUUUGUACCAUUACUGUGCCACCCCGCUGCUGUUCCAUCCCCAGUGGCGUCAGAAGGUCAUGGAGAAGUAUAAGGUCACACAAAGACAGGCAUCAGUAUCCUCCACAACAGCAGAGAAACCAGAAACCAAGGCUCGGUCACGUCACAGUUCUGGUACGUCAGUGACCAGUAUGAGGACAAAGAGAGCAGACAGUAAUGAGGGUAAGAAGAGACCGACCAUCACCGUCUCUCACCUGGACCAGCUGGGCGAGGAACCGUGGCACAUUGACCUCCGUGCCAGCUUUGUGAGCGAGUACAUGCAGUAUGUUCAGUCUCUAGGAUUCGUUCUCGUCCAGAUGAGACCGGCAACACCUAAGAGAGCGUCGCGCCAUGUGAAGAAGUCGUCAUUUGAGCGAGUGUUCGUGGAAGGGGAGAGCAUCCAUGGACCUAUAGGGACAGUCCACUAUCUACAGAAGACCCAGGCAGGGGGUAUCAUGCUAAUGGAACUAAGUUUCCGUGAACAGUAUUUCUGCGUAAAACUUUUCACCUGUGAAUAUACUCGUCUGGGGGUACCUGUCAAUCAACAGCUGAAGCUGCUGUUUGUGGAGGAAUGUGAGAAGUGUAAGGACCUGAUCCACGUCCACUCCUUCGCCCACGACUUCCACCUUCGCUGUAUCCACUCCCACAUCAGUCGUCAGCAGGUUUUCAAACAGAGCUACCAUCUAACGGGCUUUCUCUCGGACUUCAUGCAGGUGUACCCUUACCCCCCAAAUUUCUCCAGAAACUUCCUACAUGAAGACACCAUGACAGUGGGUCCGUUGACUUGUCCAGGGACACAACUGUAUGAGUUCAUGUUACAACAUGUAAAACUCCACCAGAUGAAGGUCAUCGCCAUGGUGCCCAACGUUGAUGCCGAUUUAGACAGCGUAAGUAUUGUGUGAGGUUGUUAC